AUGGUGACACCUAAAAUUUACCAAAAAUCUCAUUUUCUCCAGCUAGGCGUUGGCUUUGAAUUCACUCAGGGAGACAGAAUAGUUUAUCCUUCCUUCAUCUGGAUUAAUCCCAAGGAAUUUCCUCAGUAUGAGGGUUUAAUCCAGCUACUCCUGUAUUUCCACUGGAACUGGGUUGGGCUUCUGGCCCCUGACAGUAACAUUGGAGAACAUUUCAUCUCAUCUCUGAUGCCAAUGCUGAAGGAGAAGGAGAUCUGCCUGGCCUUCACUGAAAUGAUGAAAUUGGAUUUUCUUCAUACUUCAAUGUUGAAAUUACUUCAUAGUGUGGAUACAUGGUCUAAAGCUGAAGUGAUUAUUCUGUUUGGAGACCCCAAUAGUAUUACAAAUGUACAGAUAGCAAUGGGUGUCCAUGAACAUUUGAGAAAGACAUCAUUCUGGAAAGUUUGGGUCUUAACUUCCCAUUGGAAACCUAGUGUGCAAAAGAAUCAAAAUAUAAUGAAAGUAGUAAAGCCCUUCCAUGGGGCUCUGCAUUUUAGGCACCACACUGGGGACGUCUCAGAAUUCAGUCAUUUCCUCCUGUCUUUAGACCCCCUGAAGCCACAAGGGGACGUCUUUCUCCUGCUGUGUUGGGAAAGGUUGUUUGGCUGCAUGAUGGACAAACCAGGCAGGAUCCUUCCAAAGAGGGUAAAACCAUGUACGGGAAAGGAGAAUUUACAGAAUCUACCUUCUUACAUUUUUGAAACAAGCAUGGAAGGUGAAAGUUACAACAUCUACAAUGCCAUUUAUGCUGUGGCCCACGCUUUACAGGCAAUAAAUGGAUCCAGAGGGCAAGCAGCCAUGAGAAGGAUUGAAAAGAGAAAUUCAAAUGUUCAGUCAUGGCAGAUUCUUCUCUAUCUGAGGAAUGUCAAGUUCAACAACAGUGCUGGAGAGGAAGUCUCCUUCUCAGAAAGUGGAUUCGUUUCUUCUGGUUAUGAUCUUCUCAACUGGCUUUUCCUCCCCAAUCAAUCUUUUGUCCCCAUAAAAGUUGGGCAAAUGGAUUCCACGGCUUCCCCAGGACGAGAUUUCACCAUUAACUCUGGUGUGAUCAUCUGGGUCACAAAGAAAUUUAAUACAGAUGCUGCUCAUUGUGAAUCCUGCCCAGAAGACCAAUAUCCCAACAAGGACAAGGACCAAUGCAUUGCCAAGAAGAUACACUUCCUUACCUAUCAGGACACCCUUGGAUAUACUUUGGCUUCUCUAGCUCUUUUUCUCUCUGUGACCACAUCUUCAAUCCUGGUGAUUUUUCUUAAACAUCAUGAUACACCAAUUGUCAAGGCCAACAACAGAGAUCUCAGCUAUAUCCUCCUGGUCUCCCUCCUGCUCUGCUUCCUCUGCUCUUUACUCUUCAUUGGUCGACCUGGGAACUUCACCUGUCUCUUACGACAAACUUCCUUUGCCAUUCUCUUUUCCCUUGCAGUUUCCUCUGUUUUGGCAAAAACUGUCAUGGUGGUUCUAGCUUUCAGGGCCACUAAGCCAGGGAACAUCUCAAGGAAACUCUUAGGAAAACCACUAACCAACUCCAUUGUCAUAGGCUGUCCUUUCAUCCAAGCAGUCCUUUGUGCCACCUGGCUGGUAACCUCUCCCCCAUAUCCUAACUUGAACUUCCACUCCUUGGUAGGACAAACCAUCUUGGAGUGUAAUGAAAACUCAACUUCCAUGUUUUAUGCUGUCCUCACCUAUCUUGGUUUUUUAGCUCUUGUAAGUUUCACUGUAGCCUUUUUGGCUAGAAAAUUGCCUGAUAGUUUUAAUGAAGCCAAGUUCAUUACUUUUAGCAUGCUGGUCUUUUGCAGUGUUUGGAUUACUUUCCUCCCUACCUACUUAAGCACCAAAGGGAAGACCAUGGUGGCUGUGGAGAUCUUCUCCAUUUUGGCCUCUGGGGCUGGUCUCUUGGCUUGCAUAUUUUUCCCAAAAUGCUACAUUAUCUUAUUGAGACCCAAUCUUAAUAGUAAACAAAAUCUAAUGAGAAACAAGAAUCUUUAA